GACAUUCAUAUCAACAUGUCUGAUUUAUGAAUUAUGCCACAAAAACUACUAUUUUGGGUGGUAUUUCAAUAUCAGGUAUUAUUUUAAACUUGCUGUCACUGUCCAAGUUCAACGCUCCAUAUUUAGAUAAAGAUAGAGCAUAUGAAUUUACGAAAAGUGUGAGCGAGAUACAAAGAAAAAUAAAAAUAUGUCAACUUCUAAUCAAUCCAGCUGAUUGCAAAAAUAUUGCAAUAAACUUAAAGUCCACUUUUGUUUGUUUUAUUAACUUUUUUCGUGUGAAUAUUGUGUAAACAAUGGCAUUAAUUUACAAAGCCUGUGAUUGCUACUUGAUUGAUCAUAGAGAUUUUAUCACGAACGUGUACAAAAGAACAGUAGUAAACGAAAAUGAAACAGUUUCAUUUAGUUUAUUAUCAAAAUUGUUCUCUAUUUUAAAUAUAGCCCACAAACAGAGCAGGAAAAGACAGCGUAAUUCUGAUAAUUUGCACGAAGAGACAAUGAAAGUUAAAGCAGCCUAUGAGAGAUUCUUGCAAGAAAUACCAGCAGAUAUAAAAGACAGUUUAGUGAGUAAAUACAAAUUACUAGAGACAUCAGCAGUAAGGGAUCUGUCUAAAGAACUAUUUGAAAGCACAAUCUUUGACUUCAUGGGCAUGAAAGGUGGGAAUAAUGCUGAAACAUCACUGAAAUGUAGAAUAAAGGAGCAUAACUUUUUAAUACCACCUAACUCCAGGUUCUACUGUGGAUGUGUAAAAGAACAGUGUCUGAAAUUAGAUGGCAAUAAGUUUGACAUAGUGGUAGCUGAUCCUCCAUGGUGGAACAAAUACAUAAGGAGGCUCAAGAAUGCUAAUAAGAAAUUAAGCUACUCAAUGAUGUAUAACGAAGACAUAGCAGCAAUACCAUUACAGAACCUCCUUGCUGAGAACUGUCUAGUCGCAGUAUGGUGUACAAAUGCACCUAGCAAUGUUGCCGCAGUAAAAAAUAUAAUAUUCCCAAAAUGGGGAGUGGAAUAUGUGGGAACUUGGUACUGGAUGAAGGUUACAGUGGAUGUGCAGCCACUGUGCAGUUUUGCUUCUGGUUGUGAGAAGCAGCCUUAUGAGAGGAUUAUAUUGGGAAAAAUUGGGGAAGUUAAUGAUAUACCAGAUGGUCAGGUGGUGGUCAGUGUGCCCAGUGCCUUGCAUUCACAGAAACCACCUUUGCUAGAUAUUUUAUCGCCACUGGUGAAGACAGAAAGCCCUCAAACCUUAGAACUGUUCGCGAGGUACCUCCUACCGAAUACCACCAGUGUGGGGUACGAACCGUUAAAGUGGCAACACGAAUCCUUAUAUGAAGAAGUUACGUGAAGUUUACAAAUAAAAUAGAAGGUUAAAGGUACA